AGUUUCAUUCUGUAAAGAGCGUGUUUGAAAGAGUCAACUCUCUUUUAGAUAUUCAAGUUACAAAUUUUUUUCGGCUUUUUCUCUUCUCCCCACGAAAAAUAAACACAUAAAGAUGGAAAAGUGGGAAGGUAAAGUGGCCAUUGUUACAGGAGGAUCUCUAGGAAUUGGUGCAGAGUGUUGUAAAACUCUAGUAGAUUAUGGGAUGAUAGUUAUUGCAGUUGCAAGAACCAAAUUAAAGAUGAGGCAUAUAGAGAAGAGUCUAGAAAAUUCAAAAGGACGAUAUAUACCACGUGUAUGUAAUUUAUUCAACGAAAAAGAUAUUAUAAAUCUUUUCUCGAGUAUUGAAAAAGAAUUUGGAGCGAUCCAUGUUCUAGUUAACAUGGCCAGCACGGGAACUAUGGGCAAUUUGAUGAAUGAUUUAGAUUAUCUGUGGGAUGCAACUAUGGAGCUUAACGUUGUUGCACCAGCCCUUUGCUGUAAGUUGGCUAUUGAAAAUAUGCAGAAAUACAAUGUUAAAGGACAUCUUAUCAAUAUCGGAGGGACAGCCAGCUACUAUACUUCCAUUUUUCCUUCGAUGCACUUUUACUCUCUAUCAAAGUUCAUUCUACGAGCUAUUGGAGAUGGUUUAAGAGCUGAAUUCCGCGCCAACAACAUAGAUAUAAGAGUUACUCAUAUCGGACCUGGCCAUUGUAAGACUGGCGCGAUGAGUAGAUCUGGACUUACGGCGAGGGCAAUGCUGAACGUCUUUGAGGAGUACGGCACUAAAACAUACGGAAUGUCCCCUGAAGUCAUUCCUGAUGAUUCGAAUUUAAACAUGGACGGUGACGAAAUAUAUGAAUGCGACGUUCUUCCUGCUCUUGAAAAAUCUGAUGUUGUUGAUUAUAUUGUUCAAGCUUUGGAACUACCCUUAGGCGCUGAGAUAAUGGACAUUAUUAUGAAGCCAACGGAUCGAAGACAUUCAAUCUAUGAAACUGAUCUAUACGUUAAAUCUUAAAUCAUUAGUACAAAAGUAAAGAUGAUCUACUGAAACUCACUGAUAUAACAUUCUGAUUAUUUUCUGCUAAGAAAUGAGUUAUAUGGAGCAUAUAGGCUUGAUUAGAAAAAAAUUUAUCAUUAGUAAUUCAAUUAAUGCAUAACUCAUUUUGAAUUUUAAAUUUAUUAAAAUUAGAAAUGAACUUUGUUCUUAAAUAUCCUUACUUGACGCUCUUUUUAUAUCUGUCUUUUGGGUUUUCGCUAUUCUUUUUCUCUGUUUUUAUUCUGCAAAUGAACGUUGAUUUUGAAGUAAGAUAUUGGUUUAAACAGUUAUUAUUAAGUUUCUAUUUUAAAUAAA